CGUUUUGUGGACGCCAUCAUCGAUAAAUUCGUCAUCUCCACAACGCACCCGCUCACAGCCUCUCUCUCUCUCUCCCCCCCUCCUUCGCUAGACCCGUGGCUUCCAUUGAAACAGCGUUACUGUGAUCAAAGGUCACCGACCUCCCAGACCCGGCGAGGUGGUUUGGGUGUGUGUGUGUGUGUGUGUGCUGGGAAAGAGAGCGAGUCUCGAAGAGACAAGAACGCCAACUCUCAUCGAGCCCACCGUAGUCCUUCUCCGAAUCGGGAAUACGCCGAAAGAGGAAAAGACCCUUCUCCCCCAGCCUGCCAAAAGAUGCGGCUGAAAGGGAGCUUAAGCAGCUCGUCUCAAACCUUAUCUCGUCUUGGGCCUGAGACCAGUGGGUGGCCUUCCAGAAUGCGGUCUAGCCCGUCGACGUGUCUUGGGAAAACUGACGCCCAGCCGACCACGCCCACGGCCCUGAAAACGGUUCAGAGCCAAGUCGUACUCUGGGGGAGAGGAGUGAGUCUCUUCUCUUCUUUUGCCCCUCGGUGCGUUGUGCGUCCUGCUUUCAUGCCAGGCCCUGACUCUCUGACGGUCCUUGGUGCAUCUGCCUGUUCAACAGACGUGUCUGGACAGCUUCGUGGCGUCGAGAGAGACUCUGCCGAAACAGUCGAUAAAUGGAAACUCUCGCCCAUGCUCGCCGGGCGGGAAAACUGGCAGCUGUCACGCCCAAGCCUCAGCCCCCGUCUCGACUCGCCCUUCCUGGGCCACCGCCGCCACGACAUUGCUCCUGGGCUGUGGCAAGCAGUUGAAGGAAAGCCACCUCAUGUAAAGGAGGCCUACAUUGAACAUUUGGAGGCAGCCCAAGUCGCAGACGCACAAUUCACGAGUCGCGUCUGGUUGAGCGUCGCCGUACCCCGAGGACUGCGACGUGACCAACAAGGCCGUAUGGAUUCCCUUGCUCGCCUUGUCAGCCUCCUGAUGUUCUCACCGAUGAUCUCACUGAGGCUCUCACUGACAUACAACGACAUCCGCCAGGAAAACCUUCAUCCAAAAACGCAAAAUGGUCCUCCUCGAGACCGUCAAUCGAGUAGCAUGCUCCAGCCUCCGCCUCAACCCUAG